CAAGAUUCGGCUUCACCCAACCGACCGCACCGUUCUAUAAAUUUGGCAUCAUAUCCGAGCACUUGAACUGAGCACGCAGUUGAAACCAUCGUGUUAAGAACUUAUUUUUCUACCUAUAAUUUCCGGUUUUAGUCACCCGGAAUGGAAGCUAGCCGUGGCAGCAUCGCCUCCUUCGCCACCUACAGGCCGCCGUUACCGGUGGACAUCUUCUCAUGCCCGGUGUCACCGUCGUCGGGGAAGGAUGAGCUGCACCUCACCGACGGUGUCUCCUACAACUACAACGGCCGGCCCAUCCCAGCGCAGGCGCUCAAGGCUCUCGUCGCCAAGAAACCCGAGCUGGCCUCUGAGUGCGGCGCCACUGCCGAGGAUGUGGAGAAGGGCCACGCCACUGGCCUGGUGUUUGUCUCAGAGCGGGAGAACGGCCUCGAGACCCUGCAAGUGGCUCUGCGCUUCGAUGGCAAGGUGAAGGUGCUGAGCCUGGCCGACAUCUACGGCCCUGACACCUUUGGCGGCGUGCGCAUGGAGGACAGCGGCUGCAUCGGUGGGGGCUUUGCUCCCAAUGCCGACCUCUCGAUCAUCUACGUCUCCACCAAGAAGGCAGCGGAGAAGCGCCGCACCCCCUGGACUGUUGUGUACAGAACAAGCCUCAGGACCGGCGAGACUGAGCAACUAACUCCAGAAGGGCAGUAUGAUCUGAGCCCCGCUGUGUCGCCGUCGGGGAAGAGCGUUGCAGUGGCCAACUUCCGUGGGAACAGAUGGUCUGGUGAGAUCGAGCACCUCAGGACCGACAUUGUCGUGAUGAACGUGGACAGGAAGGCGCAGGGUGGUAAGCUGGACCGCAAAAGGCUCGUCCCAGACGGCGGCGGCUGGCCCUCGUGGGGAAGCGACAACGUCAUAUUCUUCCACCGAGGGAUCGACAAGAAAGACCCUGCCAGUGACAAGGUUACCACAACCUGGCGAGUGUUCCGGUACGACUUCAGAACCAACCGCGCUGAUCCAGUGACACCGGAGGACUUCAAUGCGAUGACUCCGUCAGCCAUCAGCGAGACUAAGGUGGCCGUGGCCACCAUCCGGCAAAGGACCAAUCAAAUGGCCGGCCAGCGCGAGGAGCCCGAGUACCGCCACAUUGAGAUCUUCGAUUUUGCCGCGCCAAACCAGCAGCCUGUGGCUGUGAAGAUUACACAGAACAUCUUUCCGAAAGCCGACUACUACAACCCCUUCGUGCUCGACGGCGGCAGCCGCUUAGGGUACCACCGCAGCAGAAGCGACAAGAUGCUCCAGCAGAAUGGGAAAAGCGACGUGCCAAGGAACUUCCACAAGCUGCAGUCCCCGCACAAGGACGUGGGGCUGUUCAGGGUGUCGGGCGUGUUCCCGACCAUCUCCAGCGACGGCUCCAAGCUCGCCUUCGUUGACAACGAGUUCAAAGCAGUCUGGCUCGCCGACAAGAAAGGCCUCCGCGUCGUCUGGGAGCGGAGGGGAGCAAACAGCAUCUUCUCGACAGUAUGGAACCAGAACCCCAACAAAGACAUACUGUAUGUCUGCGUCGGCCCGUCUUUCAGCGCCGACAGCCCACUGGAGAUCUACGCUAUCUUCAAUGUCUCAGGGAGCAGCGGCCGCCCGGAGACGAAGCGCCUCACGGACGGCGGUUUCAACAACGCCUUCCCUUCUAGUAACCCGGAGGGGACGAAGAUCGUCUUCCGGUCGACAAGGGAUCACACAAAGGACUACUUCAGGUACAAGAACCUUUACAUCAUGCAGGACGCGCAUGCCGGGGAGACGUACGGAGACGGCACCGUGACACGGCUGACGGAUGGCGAAUAUACCGACACCCACUGCCAGUGGUCGCCCAGGGGGGACUGGAUCGUCUUCUCCUCCACGCGUGACAAGCCGGGGGGUGACAAGAAGGCUAAGCUGGAAAUGGACAACGGUCUUGACCUUGGCCACUUCGCCGUCUACCUGGUGAUGGCAGCGGAUCCCAAGGUCGUGGUGAGGGUGGUCACGAGCGCGGAUCCUGGUCCCGGUGUUAACAGCAUCGCUGGGCACGUCAACCACCCGGUGUUCAGCCCGGACGGCAGGAGCAUCGCCUUCACCUCCGACCUCGCCGCGGUCUCCGCCGAGCCCAUCUCCAUGCCCAUGUUCCUACACUCGGUCCGUCCCUACGGCGACAUCUUCUCUGUCGACAUCGACCCAGACGACAUCAACAAGAACCAGGAUAUCAAGAAAUUCAACCGCAUCACGCACAGCCGCUAUGAAUACUCAACACCGGCAUGGACCCAGUUCGCCACCGACGACCCCAACGCCCAGUGGAAAAUGCUGGUGACCACGGACGCUAAGGCCGCCAGCUACAAGCCGGCGUGCCCCUAUGCGCACCCUGACGGAGGCGAGAGCUGGCACAUGACCGGACACCUCGUCCUCCCAAAGAGGUGCUGCUAGGCUGUGCUACUGCUCCUGCAGGCUCAUCCGAUCCAUCCUCAAUUCCUUUUCCUAGAAUUUGUUUUCUCUACCGAUCGGGUGUUUCAUCUAGUGUGAUCAGAUCUGCUGGAGUAUUUCAGACCAAUGGUGCGUAGCAAGCUGAUCGUAAUAAGCGAGCGAUCGCUCGUUCCAUCCCUGUAGCUACAAGUUCCUUUGAUGAGGUUACAUUUCCAGUUUUCAGUAUUUCACCACAAUAAAGAUGCCAAUGCCACUGCUCUUGCAUCCA